UUUUUUGUUAAACAUAUUAUUCAACUGUUUGUAAAUAAUUUAUAUUUAAUUAAUUAGUUUUUUAAAUAUACUUGUUGGUUUUUUUUGUUUUAAAAUGGUAUCUGAACAACAGUAUGAAGAAGAUGAUGUCAUCAUUGAGGGAAGUGAUUUACACAAGGCACUAACUGAAAUGGGUUGCAUGGAUUUCGAAUGUACACCUGUGUUGAGAUCUGAUUAUCCAGAUGAUUAUGAAAAUAAUGUUAAAAUUAAACCAGAUAAUGAUGAUUCAGUUGAUGUUAUUAAAAGUGUUGAUUCUUCAUGGAUAUCAAAUGGUGUAACAUCUGCCAACACACUUGAACAUCUUAAAUUAAUUUUAAAUCUUGAGCCAUUACUUGAUGAUCAUUUUUUAGCAAUUGAAAAAAUGAUAACAACAUUUCCAGUUGUUGAAGAACCACGUAUGAUAAAAUGGCUAUCAGUAUUAAUGCCUGGAUCUGCAUUGACAAUGUUGUUCUUCAAUAAAGCCUUGAGAUUAUCUGGUGCAAUUGCUUUAACAUCAUUUGCAUCAUACACAGCAUAUAAAAAAUAUACAUACUCAAGAAGUAAAAGACAACUUAAAAAUCUUAUAUCAACUCAAAAUGAUGUAUUUAAAUUACACAAAAAGGCAUUAAAAAUUAUAAAAAAUGAUUACAAAAUUCAAUUGGAUUAUCAACGAGUACAUAAAAAAUUAGUACAACAUGAAGUUUAUAGAUUGAAACGUUUACAGCCAAUGUGUGAAUAUUUAUUAAGAUCAAUUGAAAAUUGUUGUACAUUAUUUUGCAAAAAUUCACGUUAUCUUGUUGACUUGUUGCCUGAAACAACAGAUAUUAAUGAUAUGAUUACUAAAUUUGAACACAACAUAUUCACAAUUCAAGGAGAAAUUACUUAUGAAUCACUAAAGCAACUUUAUUAUACGUAUAUUUUAGUUCAAUCUGACAUGAUGCAUGUACUUGCUCUCGUUUACAAUGCAUCAUGUCAGAUUGAAAACAAUAUUGUAUCAAAAUUAUGCCAUACAAUAAAUCAACUAAAUAAUCAAUUGAAAAGCAAUCAAGAAAAAUUAAAAUUAACUGUUGAUGAGUACUUGAGACCUACUCUUAAUCCUGUUACAAAAAAAUACUCUGAUGUUGUUGGAUCAAAGUGGAAAGAUCUUUAUUUACAUGUUGAUUUAUUGUCAAGAAAAUUACAGUUAUCAUAUGACAUUGUUAGAUCAAUACUUGAUGACAUUGACGAACGUAAACGUGAUGAAGAAAAUGACCAGUUUGUUGAAUUAAUAAAUCAAAAAAUAAAUGACGCUCAUAAUACAAUAUUAACAGCUAAAAAUUAUUCUGAAUUUAAUACAUUGUUUAUAAAUAAAUUUAAAAAUUCAUUGACACCUGUUAAUACAGUAAAUUUAGAUGAUGUGAAAUCAGCUGAUAAUGAGCAAGAUGAUGAUGAUAAAUAUAUAAAAAUUGAAUACGACACUGAUCCAGAUAUAAUGGAUGAAGUUUUUGAAGCAUAUAUCAAAGAACAGUAUCUAGAACCACUUUAUAAAAAUGAUGAUGAUGAAAUGACUGCUGAACGUGUUAAACUAGAUAAACUACUUGAACAAAAUUUUAUGGCUGAGCUGAAAGAUGUACUGUUUGAUAAAUUUAAAGCAAUGUCAGAUAGAGAAUCAAAAGCUAUUUUAAGAAAAGCCAACAAAGGUAAUUGUCAAGUUGAUGUAUCAUUACCACCAGCUCCACCACCAUUACCACUUGUUACACCAAUUAAUGACAAUGAUAUCAAUGAUAAAUCAACACGUACACCAAUUCCUCUACCAAGAACUAAAAAAUAUACAAAUUUAGAUGAUGAAAAAUGUAAUCAAGAUGAAGAGGAUACAGAACCAAGACAAAGAAUGUCUAUUAAUAUUAAUUUUGAAAAAAUUAAAUUACCAAAAUUUACAACAAGUGAAGAGACAUUUAUUGGAAGUGGUGAAAAUUCUGAUGAAGAACUUGAUAAUGAUGAUAAAUCAAUUUAAAUAAUAACUAUUAUUUUCUAAUAAAUAAAAAGUUUUCAUUAAAUUUCAUUAA